AUGAACGCCAGAAAGUUGUCUCAAUUUCACUCACAACAAGAGAAAGACAAUACUGACCGCAAGAAUCGCAAGAAUUCCGGUAAUAAUAAGAGUCACAAGAAUUUGUUGAAUAGUUUGUUGAAUAGGAGUUCCGCUAAAGAGGCCGACACUCAGAAGGGUACCAGUGCUUUCAAGCCCACAAAUAAUGGCAUUGAGUGCGACCCGAAAACAAUGGAUGAAACUACCAGGUGGCUAUUCUUUUUGAAUGACCCCACUCGUAAUAUACCUGAAAGUGAAAAGGAAAGGUCCUUGUUCUGUUUCGAAAAGAAUCAGAAGGAACUAUAUGUCAAGCAAUACGCCAAAAGGUGUUUGAAAGCCUUUCCCUACCAGGUGACCACCUUGCUCAUGUACGGUGUUAUACGCAAAAACAAAUACUACUGCAAUUUUAACCGCGGUAAAAAGGACAUUGUCUCCAUGGCUAAAUGCCUGAAUGCUAUUAAACCACAAGCAACCCAGUGUAUGAACAAGCUCAUUGAUGAGGCUAUGAUCACUGUCAAUGCACCUGAGAAAUUGAAAAUAGGUCUAAUUUGUUGCAAUUACUACAAGUUUGAAGAGUGUGUAUCACACGAGGCCUCGGAGUCCACGUCCCCGGACUGUAGGGACAGUAGUGUCGUACUCAUCGAGGAGCUCCUGGAGGGAUACACCGGGCAAAUGAUCGGACACAUUUGCUCGCAAUAUAGACGCGACACUGACCAGUGUCAAAAAAUACUACGACUCCCGAAAACAUGGACCAGGGACAUUACUAAUCAAACUAGGUACAAGUCCAUACUACCACCGUUUAUCGAUAUUUUGGAAAGUAUCCCUGCGUAAAUAUUAGAGAUAUGUGAACCUGGUCAUGUGAUUUAUUAUUAUUAUGUAUCAUACAUUUUAAUUUAUGCAAGC